GAUUUAGACUUCGCUCAGAAUUGCAGCAGCGGCUCCAGUGGAGGUUCAGGCUGUCAGCUAGCACGGUGGCCAUACAAGGCUUCCAUGACAGAGAUUACCGCGUUGACCGGCGGCAUCCCAACAGGCAAGCUCUCGGCGCCACCGCAACUCCAGGCGGACCCCUAACCCGCUGCCCUGCUCUCCUCCGCUUCCUGCUCAAAGUCACUCAGCGCUGCGCUCCCGCUACCAGCUAGCAGGCUGAUCGGACCGUGUCACCGCCGCUUCAUGAUCCGAGCCAGCUGAGGGAUCAAAACAAGGACAAUCGCUCAAAGUUUACGCGGCGUUUUGUGUUCGACCGACCAGGAAACCGGCAGCUGGGAGAGACACGAGCCGCACCGGAGGGAGAGCGGCGGGACUCGCGGGCCAGGCAGCCGGGGCAGCGAGGGUGGUGGCCGGAUAAACUAGGGGGUCGCCUCCAGCUCCUGGUGGAUUCAUCCCUUGCUCCGCUAACGUUAGCUGAGCUAGCUCCAAACAGCGCCAUGGAUUGGUUAAUGGGGAAGUCGAAGGCGAAGCCAAAUGGAAAGAAGCCGGCAGAAGAGAAGAAGCAGUACCUGGAGCUCGAGUACACAAAGAUCCGCGUGGUGGAUUUUGACCUCAAAGAGCUGGUGGUGCUGCCCAGAGAGAUCGACCUCAACGAAUGGCUCGCCAGCAACACGACAACAUUCUUCAAUCUCAUCAACCUGCAGUACAGCACCAUCUCAGAGUUCUGCACCGGGGACACCUGUCAGACCAUGACGGCCUACAACACAAUAUACUACUGGUAUGACGAGAGGGGGAAGAAGACAAAGUGCACCGCUCCACAAUACGUCGACUUUGUGAUGAGUCUUUGUCAGAAACUGGUCACAGAUGAGGAAAUCUUUCCUACAAAAUAUGGCAAAGAGUUCCCCAACUCCUUCGAGUCCUUGGUGAAGAAGAUCUGCCGGUACCUGUUCCACGUGCUGGCUCACCUCUACGGGGCGCACUUUAAAGAGACGGUGACUCUGGAGCUGCAGGGCCACCUGAACACUCUGUAUGCACAUUUCAUCAUUUUCGUCAGGGAGUUCAACCUGGUGGACCCCAAGGAGACCUGCAUCAUGGACGACCUGUCCGAAGUCCUCUGCGCCCCCGCCCCGCCACCCGCGCCCCCCGCCCCGGCCCCUUCCUCCCCGGCCUCGGCGCCCUCCCCUUCUUCACAAAACCACGUGACGGAGAGAUGAGCGGGGGCCGGCCGUGAGACAGCAGCCCCGGGGGUAAUUGAAGAUAAGAUAGACGAGAGAAGGAAAGACAGCCUGGCCCCCUUCCUCGAUGCCAGCAGGACUUGCAGACCUUCCACUACCCUUAUAUUUCGCUAUGACACCGACCGACCAGCCGGAAGGAAGGAAGGGUGGGGAGGGGUUUUGAGGGGUUUGGGGUAGCGGGGAGGGGUUUGUCACGCCUGCAGGAAUUGGCGUGAGCAUUCCUCCCACGGGCGAAUCCCUCCCAUCUUCUCUGCAAUUUAAACUAGGAACAUAAAAGUAUGUGUAUGUUUUAUUUUUGGUUUUUAUUUCACCUUUUAUUUUGCGUUGAAGUUGUAUUCAGUUUAAUUUCGUGUUGUGGGGAGGGGUGCAGUGUGGCCCCCCCCUCCCCCUGUCCUCGACCUAACAUGCAGUACAGGAAGGGGCUUCUGCUUCGCUUCAACCGACUAUUGUACAGCGUUGUUCACGGGAGGAGACGAGGCGUCUCUCCUCACCUGCAGCCGUGUCCUUCCCUCCUCCCUCCUCCCUCCUGCAGGGGCACGCCGCUACGCUGGCCAGUAGGGAGCCACGUUGCUGCCCGGCGGGGCGAUACUAGCCAAUCACUGUUUGGGUUGUUUAUGUGGGGGAUGAUUGAAGCGCUUCCGACUCAGGACCUAAGAGAAUAUGUCACUGCUGCCAGAGAGAAGUUAGUCUCUAUUUCUUUUUUUUCUCUUUUUUUUUCCUCAUUCUCUGUUCCUUGUUCACCAGACGGCUCAGCCCUGUGAUACGGCAGAUAUCGAUCGUGUUGAACUCCAGUAUAGUCACAUGAUCACCUGGUGUCCCAGGACAUGUCCCAGAGCCCACCUGUAGAGGGCAGCAAACAUAAUGAGAAGGCGACGGGGAGACGGUGGAGAAAAUAUAAAGAUUGUAUGAUAGAUAUUUAAUCUGAUCAGAGUGGAGACAGCCUGGGGCCGCCAUGAGGCCGCAUCAGUCGUCUGCUGGUGCUCAGCAUAGCAGCAGCCACUGAAACCCCACGACACCGACUUCAGCUGCACAGAAGGACAAAGACAUGAUGUAAUGUCUGCAGGCCCAGAGAGGCCCACUGAGAGGGGGGGGGGGGGGGGGAGCUGCUCUGCUGUUUAACAGUCAGCAGUACUACCAGUGCAAAACUCAAAUGCUCCACUCCUGGUUCAUUAUUUCUACCUGUCCUGUCUAAAAAAUUGCUUUUUUAAAAAGAUUAUCAGAGGAAAAUUAGUUCAGAAAUAAUAACAAUAAUGGUAUCAUUACACAUGUAUAGAAAAUGCACAGUCUGCUUGGACUUUACUGUACAAAGAAUCACAAGUGGGUUCUCUCAGACAUAGCCUUCGUAUGGAGGAGGAUUGGGUUCAUAAUUCUCCUUUUUUAUUUAUUUUUUAUUGUAAUUUUUUUUUGCAGGGUUUUUCAGUUCUGGCUCUUGUUUUUAUGUAUUUUAAUUAUUAACUAAGUUAAAAGCAAUUUAAUAUUUUAAGCUCUGCGGAUUAUAAUCUAAUAAAAGAGAAAUGCCACCUUG